UUCAUUGUAAAAAUCCACGAAAUCCUAUAAACGCUAGGGGCCAUUAUUAGUCAACCUGGUAGUGGUACUGGUACUGUUGUCGGAUCGAAAACCCUAAAUUGAAUUCGAAUACACAACAUGCAGCAGGGGGGAGGAUCUGAGACGGAAGUAACAUGGGAAGACCAGCAGAACAUCAACAAAUUCGGAAGGUUGAAUAAUCGCUUUCACGAGCUUGAGGAUGAGAUCAAAAUCGCAAAGGAAACAAAUGAUAAUUUGGAGGAUGCAAGCAACGAGUUGAUUCUCACAGAUGAAGAGGUCAUUCGGUUUCAAAUAGGAGAGGUUUUUGCUCAUGUGCCAAAGGAUGAAGUUGAGAACAGGAUAGAACAGAUAAAAGAGGUGACAAGCCAGAAAUUAGCAAAACUUGAAGAGGAGAAAGAAUCUAUUCUUGCUCAGAUGGCUGAACUCAAGAAAAUUUUGUAUGCGAAGUUCAAUGACUCGAUCAAUCUUGAGGAGGAUUAGUAACUUUCUUCUUGUUGAUAGAUUUCUAGUUGUUGUUUUCUUGUUAAUAUGACCUAAUGGACAUUUGGCAUUUUUGAGUCAUAUUGUCUCUUAUCAUUUGAUUUUAGGAUGUAUGUUAUCUUGCUUGAACCUCUUUCACUCCUUGGCCUCUGUUUCUGCUUUCUUUGGCUUCUUGUGUGAAUUUCAUUUUCCCUUUAUUGUGUCCUGAAAGGGGGGAAAUUGCCUUUCUGGUUUGAGAAUAUCAAGAUGUUUGACUUCUAUUAAAGUGCACAAUGGAUGAAAACAGA